AUGGCCGAAUCGCCACGAUUUGAUCACUUGAGAUCACCAGCCGCAGUACUACGCGGAAGCGUCGAUCCGUCUAGUAUUCGCGGCUUCGAUACAAGCAGACUCGCUUCUAGCGCCCGUCUACACUCAGCGAAUCCGGACGCUGCCGCGCUCCCCACCCCGCGGAUCCGCUCCGCCUUUGUUCCUUCCGCCAGUCCAACUCCGCCAUGCCCCCUCGCGCACGCGCACGCGCACGCGAACGUGCAUCCCCAUUCCAAAUCUCACUCCUACUCUCGCACGCGAUGGAGAGUCGACCUCCAUCUUGGCUCGGGAGAACGGAUCAGACCCGUCGGCGGCAAGAGUGAUCGUGCCCAACUUGCAGGGCUUACGAAGGGCUUUAGCAAUCCAAAUUCUCCUUUCUCUGACUUGCUUUCCGCCGAUUCUCCUUCCGCCGACUCUCCUCUCGCCAUCGCCGCGAAUCCGCCCCGCGCCUCCGCCGCUUCCGCUGCUCUUGGUAGUGGGGGGUUAGGAUUCGGCAUCCGGCACGGCUCUUGGUCUAGUAGCAGCAGCAGCAGCGGCCUGAGUGGCGCCAGCAGGGGCGGAGGCGGAGGCGGAGGGUUUCUGGGUUUUUCGUCGCCUUCCAAGAAGUUCCACGAGAAACGCCUGAUUGGGUACACGCCAGAGCAGGUGUUUGACGUGGUGGCAGGUGUAGAGCGUUAUGCUGACUUCCUCCCAUGGUGCGUGGGCUCGCAUGUGCUGUGGCGGGCACCCGAAGGCAUGGAGGCGGAGCUGGAGAUCGGGUUCCACAUGCUGAGGGAGAAGUACCUCUCACGGGUUACUUACAAAAGACCGCUCUAUGUGACGGCUCGUUCCGCGGACACGGGUCUCUUCCACCAUCUCGACAACCAUUGGGAGUUCGCCCCUGGCCGCCUCCCCGGCUCCUGCCUCCUCUCCUUCUCUGUUGACUUCCAAUUCCGCUCCCUGCUCUACACCCAGAGGACGCCGUUGCCCCUGCCUGCUCUCCUUCUCCGUCGACUUCCAGUUCCGCUCGCUGCUCUACACCCAGGUCUGGUUGCCGUAUGUGGUUACUAUCGCACGGGUCACAGAGGACGCUGUUGCUCCUGCCUGCUCUCCUUCGCUGUUGAUUUCCAGUUCCGCUCCCUGCUCUACACCCAGGUGGGCUCUACACCCAGGUGGGCUCUACACCCAGGUGCGCUCUAG